AAUCAAAGGGAAAACUUAAGUUUAGAGAGAAAGAUGGCUUGUUGGUCAGCUGAAAAUGCCACCAGAGCCUACCUGAAAACCAUGAAAAUGGGAAAGAGAGCAAAAGAGCCAGACGUAGCCGAGUUUAUAUCAGCACUAGCUGCUGGCAACAAUGCCCAACUGAUGGUUGUUGCCAGUGCUAACGCUGCUAGCUCCACCUCCCUGGCAAUGGUGGCUGCCGCCCAUCAAACUGGCGGGCGGGUUGUUUCCAUUGUUCACGGAGUAGAAGAACUACAGUUGUCCAAAAGGGCACUAGGCGCUGAAGCAAAAAAUGUUGAUUUUGUCGUUGGGGAAGCUCCAUCUCUGCUGGUGAAUGACUACAGGGAGGCUGAUUUUGUGGUUAUUGAUUGUGAGCUGAAGAACCAUGAGAGCAUUUUCAAGGCUGUUCAAGCUGGUGGGAGACCUAAUGGCACCACUGUUUUAGGCUACAAUGCGUUUUCCAAGGACUCGUGGUCUUGGGGUGGGUCAGAAACUCAGUUGUUGCCCAUAGGAGAAGGAUUGUUAUUGACCAGAGUGGCUGCAAAAGCUAAGGUGGCCAAUAAUGGGGGCUCAAGGAAGACGAGUCACUGGGUUAUUAAAGUAGAUCUAUGCACCGGCGAAGAGCAUGUUUUCAGGGUCAGAUCUCCACACAGAAGAGUCAUUAAAGCUUAAACUCCAAUAGUUUUUUUAUCUAAAAAUGUAAAUAGCUAGUCAUAUAUAAAUGCAGUCACUAUAUUGCUCCUUCAUCUAAACAUCUCGUCUAGCUAAAUU